UUUCAGCCCGUCAAGUUCGAAUUGCUGACAGCGGUUGUUUUGACGUCGCGUGCGUUGUUGCUAGAUGGACGUUGUUCGUAAAUUAGCUAAAGCUCUAGCCUCUAAUCAAGAUAAAGUGAGGCGAAAGGCACAGAAGCAAGUAAAAGUACUCCUUUCAAAGAAAUCAUUGAAUGGAAAAGGUUGGAUUUAUUCAUUUAUCACCAUAUUGUUCAAUAAAGUGCCAAAUGAUUCUAGACUUAUGUAAUAUUUAUAAACUUUGUUCUGACAUUACAGAACUGUCAGCAAAGACAAUAGACAAAAUUAUGCAUGUCAUCGAGUCACUAAUUUAAUUUGUCGAAGUCCACUUUGUUGAUUUAUCUAGUCCUUAUGGUUAAGGAUCUAGUAAGAUGCCUCUAAUGCGCAAAUACAUUUUAACCUUGAAAGUUUACUCUGCGAAGUUGCUAAUUUUAGCAACUACGAUUAUUCGUAGUCAGGGAUGAUCACUGGAAAACUCGGGACUUUCCACAAUGAGUGGCGCUGGAGUAUGAAACAUUUCGGUAGAGGCACUUAUCAAACAAGAAUUCUGCUGACCUAUGUCGUUCUUCGAAGAUAUUCAGCAUCCUGAAUAUCUUUAAUAUUUCUUUAUCAUUUUGUGUUACUCCCCAUGUCUUAACACUGCCAGUUUAUGAUAAGACCAUUGCAGUUUCAGGAUAUAUAUAUAUAUAUAUAUAUAUAAAGUUGUUGCUUCAUGACUGGCCUGCGUCCACACCUGAUUUGAUGAUAGGGAGUAAAGUUGUUGGACGCGUCGACAACUUCAUUUAUCUUGGACUUACAUCACCUAUGACGAAGGCGAGAUAUCUGUUUGUCAAUUAGGGAAUGAGUAUAUUGCUCAACAGUUCGUUCUGUUCUACUUUACGGCUACGAAACUCGGCUAUUAAGAGUAGGAGAUACUCGUAAUUUACUAAUAUUUGAUCACAUUAAUAUUGCUCUCAUCUUCUGGGAUCACCAGAAAAGUAAUAAUGAGGUUAGACACAGAGUAUUAGAGAACGAUGAGGUUGUGAAUCUUCGACUGAAAUGGUGGGGUCACUUAUUAUCAUGCCCAACCACCGAUUACCACGAUAUCCAAUGCUGACUAGUGUUGAAGACGGAUGGAAAAAGUCAAACCAAGAAGUGACAUCAGUGCUUGAAUUCACUAACUUCUGGUCUGAGCCAUGUUGGUAGAUUCAGACUACUUGGUUAGGGUCAGCACAACUAUCUUAACCAAUGGUUGGAGACUCUGGGUGACAUGUACUAUAUCCUUUUUGCAAUCUUUCUUUUAUAUAUUACCACCUUUGAAUUAACUACUUUUAUGAAUCCGGUGUCCUUGUUGUGUUAAUGAGGUAUAGCAACUUGGACCGAUGCAUAUAUGUGCCUGAUCCUACGUUGUAGCUGACUGGGUGACAUGGCUCAGAAUCGGUCACAUUGGGGUAGGUGUAUACACUCUUUGUCUUUCCUUAAACCGUGACACUAAAAUUACUUUACACCUUUCUCUCUACGAACUAAUUAUUUCUUCCUGUAUCAUAUCCUCAUAUGCAAUCUUUCUUUUAUAUAUUACUACAAUUGAAGUAACUACUUCUAUGAAUUUGGUGUUUAUCUUGUUGUGCUAAUGAGGUGUGGCAACUUGGACCGAUGCAUAUAUGUGCCUGGUCCUACGUUGUAGAUGGCUGACUAACUGAACUCUUGAUAAGUUCAAUGCUUAGCAUUCUACCUUUCAGCCUACAUAAGUGACUUGAUUCAGACAAUCUAGAUCCUGCCGAAAACGAUAGUGCAAUCAUCAGUCAAAUUGCCAAUAUGAGUUUAUCGAAAACAUCUUGCAUGAAAAUUCGUGGUUCAUAUGCAGUCAACGUUUAGAUAAUUCAAGAAACCUGUUAAUUUCCAUUCACCCUCUGGUCAGAUUCUAUUAAAAAAAACCAAAGUUUGGCUUUAAAAUCGAUAUCCCAUUAUUUUUUUCUUACUUUACAGUUCUUGGCAUUUUCUCACUUUUAAUGUGCCAGCAUGUAUAGAUACGCACUCGUACUACACUGUGCUUAAAUGUCGAUUUAACCAGUCAUAUAUACCUAACGGGCGUAAAGUUGACGAGUUGGUUCCAAUUCGUAUUGAUUGAAACUUUGCCCAGUUAUCUGGAGAUGUUAUAGCAGUGACUUGCGAUGGAAAGUUUUUGAUAGGGUUCAUCGACACGUGGUCGUGUUUGGAGACGAAUAGUCAAUACUAAUCUAUGUUUUCCGUAGUUUAGUUCCACUGUUAUACAGCAAUGUCCUCGAAACUUAAUAGCUGGGUUUUUCAAUUCUAAUUUGACGAAUAAACCUCCUACCCAAAAAUAGUCAAAAGUUUUGGCUGGUCAAAAAACAAUAAAACUACAAGGAUCCCAUAACAAUCUAACCAAGAUUUGGGUUCAAUUGUGUUAUAACGGGACAAGUAUUAGAAAAUUCGAACUUUCGGAACUGUUCUAACUGAAGUUAUUUAUAUUUUUGUUCUUCAUUAAGUACUUAAAUUAUUGCAUUCCUAUGUUCUCCCAUCUCUAAGCCUUCGUUUGAUCCAUAAAUCGUUGUGACUCCUUAUCAUUCCAGACAUCAUUAAUUGAUUACUUGCUUAUCAUUCUGGUCUUGGAUCAUUUAUGAUCAAGUUAUAUACACAUUUAAAGUUUUUCUGCUUAUGUUGCUGUGUGGUCAAGACAUUUCAUCUUCAAACCCUAAUGUUUCCGAUUACUGCUUAUACUCUUACCACCUCUACCACUACGGGAUUUGAAUCGAAAACUGCAUCUCUGUGCUAAUGUGGUGUGGCAACUCGAACUGAUGUACGUACGUACGAAGUUCUACGUUGUUACUGACUGACUGACAUUAUUUUGUGGUUUUAAGUCAAAAUAAAAUUGAGUGCAGUAGAAGACUGAUCUGCCUUCUACUUUCGUCUUUUUGAUUAGUCAGUCAGUCAGGAGCUUGAGGGACCAAUAAGGGUCGACAUCUUGGUUAUUGUUCAUUGGUCGAUGUGUCAAUCGGUAAAUAGUUCACUAGUCCUACUGGCAAUACAAACGAAUUAAUCGAUAAUCGGGUUAGAAACAGGCCAUUGCAACUGCUCCCUUGUCGUUACGAACUGACCAUACAAAACCCAAUGUAAUUCAACCCAAAAAUCUAACCUACUGUUUUCUUCCUAUUUAAAUUAACAGAAUUUCGGGUAAUCUAUGUUGUGUAGUCGAUGGUUCUAACUGUUGUUGCUACCAAAUAACCAAUUUAUGCAACAGUUUGCCAUUGACUUUGGUAGUUGCAAUGGGACAGGCUUCCUUUGGUAUGUUUCUCAAUUUCUUCCCCUAAAUUAUGAUGACCAGAGUCGAGAUGUUAUCAUAUACUGUGAUUUGGACGUAAAAGUUGGACCAUAAAAUAUGUAGUUAAGGGAAGAAAUAGUUCCUUAAGGUUUUAUUUUCAGGAAAAAUUAAGUGUAGUAACUAUUCAGAACCUGACGACUUAGUAUUUCUCAAAUAUUGUAAUAUCUAAAAUUGUUUAUGAGAAUGCCAAACUUAUGUAAUUUACCUUUUGUCACGACUGAUUGUAUGUUAUUAGAUAUAUUAAUUGUUUUCAUACUAGUGGUUGUAUAACUUCCUGGUUGUGAAGCUUUGAAAAUGAACUUGUUCUUAUGUAUUACAGUUACAUAAAUCUACAUUAUUUUUUUAUAACCAUUGUCUUCGUUCAAUCGACCAUUACAGAUGAUUGGACUUACGAACAGUUGCUAGGCAUUUGCAAAGGUCUUCACUACAGUUUAUGGAUGCAGGACAAGUUGCUGCUGAAGGAACAAACGGUCGUCCGGUUAUGUAACAUAUUACCCAAUAUUGAGGACAACACGGUCACAUUGUAUUAUUCUUAUGCUAUGUUUGAAACACUAGCAAGAGAAUGGGACAAUUUAGAUUACUGGAGGGUAGACAAAUUUAUGCUGGUAAGUUGAAAUGCAGUUCAUUCGUUGUUAUCUAGCUCGGACGAGAAUUUUUUACGAGAGGCCUUCAGUUUAUUUCUUGCAAAAAACCUGAAAUUUUACCUUCAUUUGUGGAGGCCAUUUUCACCAAGAUAUUGAACAAUGACAUAAAUCAUGCUGUUGGUCUAAAAUUGCAUUUCUGCACUCUAAUAGGUGAAGAACUUCCGAAAAAGAACGUAAAAAUGUUAUCUCUGCAGUUAGUCUUUCAAUAUCUCCUGGUUUUACUAGCUUCCCUACCGAAACACAACAUUUACGCUCACAGUGUCCUAUCUCUGAUUACUCGGAUAACAAAGCUUAUUCGAAGACGUCCACAAUGUUGUUUGGAUCGUAUUAUGAAAUGUCUUGAGAAUAUUUUAAGCAAAGAUUCCUCCUAUAGAAACGCUUUAAAACGAGUCGACACAAAUCUAAAAAGAAUUCUGGCAAAUAGAGAAACUACAUCAGUAGCAACCGAUGGACAGAUUCCCACGCUAUGUGCAGAGUCGUCACCUGAGGUAAAAGAAUGUUCCACUAUGUUUACUCCGCAUAGACGACAAAUCUCGUUCCCAAUACUUGUGAGAAUAUAAAUAGUGAAGGUGGUUCAUCAGAGCUUAAGAUCGGAAAGAAAAAAAUUCCGAAGGUUUUAAAGAAGAAAAAACGGGUGACUAAAAAACGUUCAUAUGCUGAGACCGCUAACAGUUCAGCAAUCAAGCUGAUGAUUUUGUCGAAGAAUCACGUCCGAAGAGAAUGAAGUCUGAAAUACCCACAAAGUCUGUUGACGAAUGCACAGCAGUUCCAUGUGUAGUUCCUGAUUCUCCAUGCCCUUUUUCAGCAUGUGAUGAUGAAUCCAAACCAAACGUCGGUCAAUUUAUAUCUCCUAAUGUUUCAAUAAGUGGCAACUCUGCUUCUGCAGAAAAGUGUACUUCAAACACUCCGCUUUCUUCUGAAAGACGUGUAUCCUUCGGUAAGGUAUUUCGUAAGAAAUUUAACUCAGCUCGUUGUAUCUCCCUAACCCCACCGGUUAGUGUUAUUCCAGCCAAGGGAAUUUUAAGAAGUAACAGUAAGUAGCAUGCUUUUCUUAUCUUUUCUGCAGAAUCUAUAGCUGAUGACGCGAAAGCUAACGUUUCGUUCUAAUUUAAGUUGUAAUUUUGUACAUAUAAAUGAAAUAAACACAAUGUUUAUGUAUCAGUCUCUUUGGAAAUUAUAUGUUAGGUAACAGAAAAAAACUUUUUACGCCAAUCUUAGUUCUCUGCGAAUAGAAAUUAUCUGAUUAAAUGAAUUUUCACUGAUAAAAAUGAAUCUACGCGUUUAAAGUGGCUAACUAAAUAUUAUUCUCUAUCGAUACAUAAAUUAAUUCAGUAUGUAUCGUUGUUGCGAGACCGUUUUUUAAAUUCUUUAGAGCAACAAUGGAAAACUUUAGAUCUCAGGAACAUGCCAUUUUCCUCUUUGGUAGAAUGGUGAUUUUAUCUAGCGUCUGUAUGUUCUGUAACAUGGACACCAUAAAGAGGUUGUGUGUUAGCCGGUACCUAAAAUGAAGACAUCAAUUCUGUGGAUCAACACAGUUCGUAAACGAAAUACAUGUGUUUGAGCAGACUCGUUGGUUAAGGGUCGAGAAAAGAAGGAGGAAUCAACAGGU